AUGAAGAACAUUUCUAGGCUCACAGGGUUUCUCGUCGGCACAUGCAGCCCCGGAGACCGCAUUUGCUUAACAGGGAUAGUGCAUGCACGUCAGUCUCCUGCGGUGUCUGCGCACCUUGCUGCUCCGCAUGCAGUUCACAGCGGCCGCUUAGGCGGCAGCAAAAGUUUAUAUACUUUAUACUUACACGCUGUGUCUGUGUAUCCCCUCGACUGGCGGCUGCUGCAGCAGCAGCUGCAGCAGCACCGCAGCAGAUGCAGCAAAUAUAGAAACGCUCCUGCUGCGCUGCUGCCGCUGCCUGCAACAGUUGCUCGGCAGCCGCUGCUGUGGAAAGAUUUUGCUGCUGCUGCUGCUGCUGCUGCUGCUGCAGCAGCAGCAGAAACAAAUGAAGAAAACGAAGCAGCAGAUGCGACACAAGAUGAUUCUCUCGCUGCAGCAGCAGCAGCAGCAGCAGCAGCAGCAGGAACAGCAGCAAAAGGAGAAGGAGGAGGAGGAGGGAACGGACAGGAGACAGAUGCAUUUGUUGCUGCAGCAGCAGCAGCAGCAGGAGAACGUUUGCUGCAGUUUAUAAGAGAUGUCUAUACACUCGAGAGCCGCCGCUUUGAGCUUCUUGUUGCUUCUAUUGCCCCCUCCAUAGUAGGCAGACAUAUUGUUAAAGCAGGAGACGCAGGAGUAGGCAAGAGCAGGCUGCUGCAGGCAGCAGCAGCAGCAGCAAACACCAGCAGCAGCAGCAGCAGCAGCAGCAGCAGCAGCAGCAGCAGCAGGGGCAUGCGCAGCAUCUUUGUCUGCGGCAAUACUUCUUCUGCUGCUGGCCUCACUGCUGCUGCUAUCAGAGAACCAGGCACAGGAGAACUCGUCAUUGAAGCAGCAUCCCGCAACACAAAACCACCACCAGCAGCAGCAGCAGCAGCAGCAGCAACUGCAGCAGAAACAGCAGGAUGCUUUGCUGCUGCUGCUGAGGGAGCCUCAACCGACAGCUCGUGUCUAGAGGAGAGACUCAUAGCCACAGAGUCUGCUGACCUGCUGCCGCUGUCGCUGCUGCAAGACUACAUAUACUACGCUCGGGAGCACGUACACCCCAAGCUGUCUCCAGAAGCAGCAGCAGUUAUAAAAAAAUAUUUUUUUAUGCUGCGGCAGAAGCAGCAGCAGCAGCAGCAGCAGCAGCAACAGCAGCAGGGGCUGCGAGUCGCCACAAGACAGCUCGAAUCCUUAAUCCGGCUCUGCCAGGAUGCAUUGAAGUGCGCGGGGGUGCUGGUGAGACAGGCGGAGGCUUGUGUUGCUGCUGAGGCUGUUGUUGCUGCAGCAAACGAGGUGGGGUUGCUGCUGCGGAGACAGGGGAGAUGGGUGCUUGAUAGGGCCCUUCUAAACCACAUCUAA